GAAGCACCUUCACAAAACACCUCCACCAUCACAAUGGUUCGCAGCAGAAAACGAAAGCACGACGAUACGGAUGCCAUCACCGUCAGUAGCCCGUCGAGAAAGGAGGUCAAGAGGUCAAAGGGUUGCCCCGACCGCCUCACGUCGGGUAUCCCGACUACGAAGGGUUUGUCUCAGAGUGAGGGGAAAAGACAGGAACAACGUCACGUAGCUAACGAGCUCGGCCAUGUUCAAUCCUCCACUCUCCGCAUCGGUGUUUGCUUGGCUCGUAAACCACCAGCUCCGGAUAUCUCCCAAAAGUUCGAUGCCUUUGGUUCCGCCUUUGCGGAGCUCAUCAUAGCGGCUCCCAAUAUUAACAUGGAGAAGCGUCUUGGUGAGGAGAAGGCGAACUUCUUUACGGCUGUGCGCACGAUGUUCGAGGCCGGAGAUCUGCCGUGGUUGGAUGAAUACAUGAAGAAGGCGAGGGAGACACGAGGGAGUACCGAGAAGCCGAAGGAAACCCUGCCCGCAAGCGGAAAUAAUUCAACAGGACCUUUCAAGAGCGGAGUCCCCGCUUUGGCAUCUACCUCUCCGUUAGCCGUAGACACAGCCCCGCUCUACUCCCCGUUGUCCUCCUGGCCUCCUCCUCUCCCGGAGAUCCACAGUAACGAACUUCGCCAGCAAGCCUUUACGCAUAAGUCCUUCAUCAAAGGGGAAGACGCUGGCCUCCCGGGCACCGAACAGCAACACUACGAGCGUCUCGAAUUUCUUGGCGACUCCUAUCUCCAAUCCAUUACCUCCCGAAUCCUCUAUAACCGCUUUCCCAAACUCCGCGAGGGUCCCCUCUCCGAUAUGCGGCAGCAACUAGUUGCCAACAGGCCCCUCUCCACGUAUGCGACCAUCUACCGCUUCCACGACAAAGUUCGCGAGUCCAAGGGCCAGAACACAGCAGCGCCUGUAGCUCUGGUCCACAACUCCCGCGGGACGCUCAAGGAUAUGGGCGUCAACAAGACCCUCGCGGAUUGCUUUGAAGCAUACAUAGCCGCUAUCGUGCUCGAUUCCCCGAACGGCGUGGACCUUGCGCAGCGCUGGCUUGCGGAAUUAUUCGAGCCGAAGUUGAAGGAGAUGGAGAUCCAGCGCGCGUCUGUUGGCCCGGUUGACAAAAUGGCGAAACAAACGUUGAAUACUAUCGUUGGGGGGAAUAGAGCUACAGUGGAUUAUAAAUGGACCGAUGGUCAAGGUGGAAAUAAAGGCGGUUACUGGAUUACAGUGUAUCUGACUGGUUGGGGGUUUAAUAAGAGGGAGAUUGGAUCCGGAUGGGGGAAUAACAAAGGGUACUAUACCCCUCCCCUUGCCUUCUUUCUCCCCAUAGUGCACAGGAUCCAUUCACCUGCCUAACAUUUUGGGAAAACAGUGAAGCAACCCUCCGCGCAGCAAUGAACUGCAUAUCCAACCCAGAGUUUUGCAAAGAGAUGACUGCCAUUAAGACCAAGUACCUCGGACCAAAGCCUCACCCUCUCCCACCAAGCAACGCUCCAUAUAUCAGACAAGUCAGCCCGGAGUACAUCCCGCCGGAAUAAUCUUCGCUCUUUCUCCCCCCAAUUCUUCUUUUUCCUUCCACAAAAAAAUACGGAGACACUCACUUCCGUCUGCUGAUUUACAUAUUCUUUCACCCUUUCUCCCCCCACUGGGACUGGGAUGUCCAUCUUAUUUUCGUCCCUGUUUGGCGCGGCGCAAUUUAUAUAUAUAUAUAUAUAUAUAAACCCUGUUUCCCUUGGAUUCGGUUCUUAGUAAAGCUCGAAUCUCUUUGACCAAAGAGCACAAAAAAAGCCCCCAAUUUUUGUGGCGUGCCAAAUAGAGCCCUAUUGUUAUUAUUUUAUUUUAUUUUCUACCUCUCCAUCCUCCCCCCUCCACUUACCUACCCUUUACCUCCAUCCCUUUGGUCCAAUGGAGAGCCAGAGAGAGGGAGGGAAAGGGGAGAAAAAAAUUAUGUACCCGUUUCCAGCGUGGUGAUACAUUAUAGGCGUUUUUUUUUUUUUUCGUUUUUCCUCGUUUGUUUUUCUGUCUAGGUGUUUCAUUUCUCCUUCAGGGUCCGGGUUAGUUUAUGCAUUCUCCUAUGAUAUAUUCUUAUAUCAUGAAAAUUAGGGAUCUGAGGGAAAGGGAGGGGGGGGGGGGGGCAGGAGGGUGGCUGUAUCAUA